AUUUUACGAGUGUUCCUUGGAAGAUCGGAGGGGAUUUUCGAGAGGAAAUCGUGGAAGAAUCGCGCGAAGGAUGUCGGAUAAUUCUCUACGCCGGAAAACGAGGUCUGCCUCGAUCUGCGCCCCUGGAUUCUCCAGCAUGGAGCAAAUGUUGGAGGCGAUGCCUCCCUCGGGCGCCAGGGAAAGGGAUAAAGUGGACAGGGAGAAAGACAGUGGAAGCGGUACUCCCGACGGAAGUACGCCGACCAGGAGGCGCAGACCGGCGACCAGGUCUCAGAGUGCUCGUGUUUCCGGCGCGAAUAAGAGCAUCCGUCGUCGAGCUGCCGCUCAAGCUGCGCACCAUCACCAUCACCAUCACGAAGGAACGGUCAAGUCCGCUCAUUGUAGCAGCGAACCCAGGUUGACCGACAAUGAUAUCAGUCCCGGCCUCAGGAGAAGGGGGAGUCGAAGAGGACAAAGUAUGCAUCACAGCCAUCACAGGAAGAGCAACGCGUUUCUGGACGUUCCUGACACCUCGUCUCAGAUGCCCUCGAGGGAAGAGGGGGAGGACGAGGACAGUUACAGGCUCAGAAGUUUCAGUCUCACCAGCAAGGGUAUCAUCAACAGGGGCGAUUCGUUCAGAAGAAGAAGAUCAAGAUCGAACUCCCUCGCACCCACGGAUCCUGAAGGCGAGGAAAAGAAUUCGGUUCCUGCGAAAGAGAUCACCUCGUACACGGUCGCUAUACUCGGCGCUAGGGGUGUCGGAAAAACCGCCCUGAUCAGCCAAUUUAUGACCAGCGAAUGUAUAAACGCGUACGAUAGGCAAAGAGACGUACCCAGCGAGCAAUCCGUUUUCGUCAUGCUGAACGGCGAAGAGAGCGAGCUCAGAUUCCUCAACAUCUCGAAUCCGAAGACGGAAUUGGAGAAGAAUCUGGAUGCCUUUGUCAUUAUGUAUUCCGUGAUUGAUAAGGCAUCCUUUCAGAGAGCGGAAGAAUAUCUGGAACGUCUUCACGACCAGGAUUUCCAUCGAGGAAAAUCGACAAUAUUAGUCGGUAACAAAGUGGAUCUUGUUCGAUCGAGGGUAGUUUCUUCCCAAGAUGGCAAGUGCAUGGCGUGCACCUAUCGGGUGAAGUUCAUCGAGGUCUCGGUCGGGAUCAACCACAACGUGGACCAUCUGCUGGUCGGCAUCCUGAAUCAGAUCCGUCUGAAGAACAGCAGCAACGUGUCGGAGAACCGGGGUGGAAACGGAACCAGCGAGGGUAGCGGCCACUGGUACAAGUCGAGGGGUGUGGUUCGAGCGAGCAUGAAGGCCAGACAGAUGUUGACGUGGCUGUUCGGCAAAGAGGACAGCAAGUUCAAGAACUGCGAGAAUCUUCAUGUCCUCUAAGGAUGGACCGAUCGAUCCAAUUCUUUCUUUUUCUCUCUCUCUCUCUCUUUCUUUCUUUUUUUUGUUUCUUUUUUUUAAUCUAUGGUCGUACCUGAGGACGUAGAUUGUAAGAGCCGGUCUACUUGGUACAAUAUCCUUGACGAUAUGCUUAAUCCACGAUACUUCCAGAAAGAUGCAAACGAAAUCUUGUUUGCAUGUCAGGGAUUGGUAUGAUUGGAAUUUGAUCCAAUGGAAGAGGGAGGGUGAGAUUGAAUUUCGUUCAAGGGGGGUGGGAGGGUAGCAGUCUCGAUACGGAUGGCCAAUUUGAUUAUUAAAUAUUCAUGGAGCGGUUCCUUUUGUUUCGUGGAGGGACUAGCGGAAAAACAAUUCUAUCUUGCUUCUUGUAUUUCUUUUAUUUCAUUUCGAUGGAGAAAUUUUUAGGGGAAAAUGAUUGAGG